UCCGUGUUGGAACGCGGAUGUUUUGAGUUUGAGCAGCUUCAGUAGUUUUAUUUUUAUCGGAUUUAAUAAUCUUAUGGGUUUAAAUAAAGUCAGAUUUCGGCGGUUUUGUAUUUUAUUUGUGAUUAUUGCAGGUUUGACCUGGACUGCGUGCUUUUAUAAAUCUGAAAGAUCGAUUGAAGACACAGGAACUCGUUUAACAGGCGCAGGACCAAUGAGUGAUAAAACUCUGGACUACUUCAUCAAUAAAGGCACCUUACAGCAGAGAGAUGGUGCAGAUAUACGGUGGUACCACGCUGCCAACAGUAAACACCAAAUCACUCAAGCAAUACAAGGUGACGCCCAGAUGAUCGAAGCCGACGUGCUCCUGAGAACACGUGACCCUCAGGAGCCCAUAAUGGCUCACCCGCCUAAUACUGACAGCGAUAUAACCCUACAGGAGUGGUUGAAAAUGGUAGUGCACUCGGACAAAGGGAUCAAACUGGACUUCAAGAGCUUGGCAGCAGUCGCACCGUCCAUGACCUUGCUGGACGAGGCCCGCGCUCAGCUGAAGGGGCCCGUGUGGAUCAACGCGGACGUCCUGCCCGGACCUGGGGGCACGGACACGCCUCUCGAUGCCCAGGAGUUUUUACGAGCUGUGGCUCUGAAGGGGGAGGAAGAUGUUCUCUCGCUGGGCUGGACCACUGGAUGGUCUCCGUAUAACGACAACCCAGGUUACAGUUGGGAGAUGGUUCAGCAGAUGGAAGCGGUGUGUAAGAACCUGACCCAGCCGGUGACGUUCCCGGUGCGAGCGGCUCUCCUGGCCCGGUCCUUCUCCCAGUUCCGCUGGCUCCUGGAGCAGUCGGACAGGUACACUUUGACGAUCUGGACAGGCCAGACGGACUCGCUGAACGUGGAGGAUCUGUUGCCUUACAGGCAAACCUUCAACAGAUCCAGGAUCUACUACGAUCUCUUGGAGUCUCAGAUUGCAAAGUUCAGAGCACUUCCUGGGAACAACUAGGGACCAGAAUAUGACGUCUUACAGAUUACUGUCGAGAGAAUUCAGGAUCAGCUGGGUAGACACUUUAAUAAAGGCGAAAGUUGAACACUGGUA